CUUGCUCCAACAGCUCGAAGCGUUCUCAGAGACCAGCAGCCAAUAGUUGCGGAGAGUGGGUUUCAGACCGCGUCGCCUCAAAAGGGAGCAGGUCGAGGUUCUUCGGGGUGACCACCGGCUAGCCGCCCUGCAACUCCUUCCCGGCCGGACCGUGGCGAGAACGGAAGCAGAACAAGCAAGGAGAAGCACAAGAUGGGCGCCUCAUUCUCCUCCCUUUUCGGGCGAUUGGCUUUCUGGUCAAAGGAUGAAGAGCUUCGGAUAUUGAUGCUCGGCCUUGACAGUGCCGGAAAAACCACCAUCCUUUAUCAGUUACAGCUAGGGGAGGUGGUCUCAACGAUUCCUACGAUUGGUUUCAACGUAGAGACUGUGAGGUACAAGAAUAUUUCCAUGCAAGUAUGGGACUUGGGUGGACAAACCUCAAUACGACCCUAUUGGCGCUGCUACUACGCCAACACUACCGCGAUCAUCUACGUUAUCGACUCAUCUGAUCGCGAGCGGCUCUCCACAUCCAAGCGCGAGCUGCUGAGCAUGCUCCAAGAGGACGAGCUCCAGCAGGCCAAGCUGCUCAUCUUUGCUAACAAACAGGACCUACCGAAUGCAGCGAGCGCCAGCGAGGUGUCGGGCGCCCUUGGCCUCGACACGCUCAAGGACCGGCAGUGGAGCAUCUUCAAGUGUGUUGCCACCAAGGGGGAGGGCCUCGAGGAUGGAAUGGACUGGCUCAUCAACACGUUGCAGUCGCAAGGUUGACAACGUUAACCUCCGAAUAAUGGCUCAAGCCAAGCAUUUUAUUUACAUCUGUAUCAUAUCACACUUCUCCAUAAUAUGUAGGCGUGUUUGCGCCUCU